CUGAUUGGUUCUCGCGGGGCCCUCGGCGCUGCGAUUGGCCGGCAGCCGGUCUGGCGAGGACUGAGGCGGGCGCGCGGGGGGCGGGCGAGGCAGAAGCGGCCGAGGCAGAAGCGGCGGGGUCGGGACUGCGCUGAGCUCGUCGCAAUGACUGAGGCCGCGUUCCAGAAAGCUGCAGAGGAGGUGAAGCAGCUGAAGUCGCAGCCCACGGACCAGGAGAUGCUGGACAUCUACAGCCACUACAAGCAGGCCACGGUGGGCGACGUGAACACGGAGCGCCCUGGUAUGCUGGACUUCAAAGGCAAAGCAAAGUGGGAUGCCUGGAGUGCAUUGAAAGGAAUGUCCAAAGAAGAUGCAAUGAAAGCUUACAUAGCAAAAGUGGAAGAACUAAAGGGCAAAUACGGCAUCUGAGGACUGGAUAAAUCAGCUACGUGCACGCCUGAAACCUGCCUUAUUUCUAAUUAUGUGGAAACCUGGUUUCUAAGAGUAACUUUAGAUACCUAAUAUGUCAUAGUCGGUUCUCCUCAUGCCUGUAGUUCAGGAGAAGUCAUGUACCUGCCUAAUGUACUGAUAACGGUAUCAAUUCCUCCUGGGAACAAAAAUCGGGAACUCAUUAAAGUGCGUUUGGUACUUUA